AUGUCUUCCCUGCAACAGGCAGAUGUCACAUUUCUGGCUAGAUUAUCUCUGCAUGAAUCUACAAUUGGCCUUGUCACUGAUUGCAUGAACUGUGGAGGUACAAUUCCAAUCACCAUAUGUUGGAGCGAUGCGAAUGGAAACUCAGGGAAGCCAAUGGCCAGGCAUCAUCCAUGUUCCUUCUUCUGCUGGUUCCCUCAAAUUCUAUCAUGUCCAGAUAUCAUGGCCCUCAUCCCAUUAUCAAGCCAUUCCCCAUCUCUCACCAGUACCCAGCCAGUGCCUCCUACCUCCAUGAAUGGCACUGGUGCAGCUUUCGCAACUCAGUUCCCCUCAAUGCAACCUCUUGCCUCAGCUGGCAAUGGCAAGAAGCCACGCAAUGUGCUGCACUGCCCACAUGUAAAGUGCCUCUCCCAUUGUAUCAAGGAGGCAGGAGGAUGUCCAGUGCAUACCACUGAGUUGGGUACUAACCAGCAGCAGCACCCCAUCGUGCAGCAGGAUUGGAAUUGGGACUAUGACCAGGACAAUACUCUUAUGCUCCCUGCUGAUGAUACCCUUAUACUCCCUGCUGAGCCCUACUGGAUUGAUGACAAAGUUCAGAUGAAUGAUGGGUUGAGAGCACUUCAACGUGCACUUCAACGUGCACUUCAGUCUGCUGGUGCUGGCCAGCCUGCCAUGCUCCCAUCAUUUCAUGACAUCUUGACAGCUCCUCCAUCAUCACAACCACCUGCACCAACAACACAACUACCUGCGCCAACAACACAACCACCUGCACCAUUCCAGUGGUCUCAUCUGCCCCCACUGUUGCAAAUCACUCAUCAACCAACACACUCUCAGAGUGGCAACGCCUUAGCAGCACAUACCUUCCCAGUUCAUAGGUUGUCGAAGCCUCCCUGUGUAACUGAUCAACUCAACCCAAUGUGGGCAGGUGAUCUCAAUGCACAUGUGCAAGAGGAAAUUGAGAGUAAGAGAGUGUCAGAAUGUUGCAAGGAGAUGGAAUGA